UUGACUCUGAUAAAUGCCAGAUUUGCCGGUAAAAAAGUUGAAUGGGCAUCACUGCUCACCGAAGGCCAGCUGCCGCCGCUUCCCGCGCAUUUUCUUCGACCCAGCAACACCAUCCAGACAACGUGGAACUCCCGCAGAACCAAAGACCGGCAUUAUUUCCAUUUUUCGGAGACAAAAAUUGUGAAAAUACAAGAUAAAAUGCCGCGCAGAAAGGCCCUGACGAACAACAAUAAUGCCGGAGAGUCGGAGCAGCAGCCGCCAAAGGCGAAGCGAGCCAGGAUCGCUUUUCAUCUGGAGCUGCCCAAACGGAGGACCAUUCUGGGCAACGUGCUGGUCUGCGGCAACGGGGAUGUGGGACAGCUUGGUCUCGGCGAGGACAUCCUGGAGCGCAAGCGUCUCAGCCCGGUGGCUGGAAUCCCGGAUCCCGUGGACAUCUCCGCCGGUGGCAUGCACAACCUUGUGCUGACCAAAACAGGAGACAUCUACUCCUUUGGGUGCAAUGAUGAAGGAGCUCUGGGUCGCGACACCAGCGAGGAUGGCAGCGAAGCCAAGCCAGGACAAAUCGACUUGCCCGGCAAGGCUUUGUGCAUUUCGGCGGGCGAUUCUCAUUCCGCUUGCCUGCUGGAGGAUGGUCGCGUCUUCGCUUGGGGUUCGUUCAGGGACUCUCACGGCAACAUGGGCCUUACCAUCGAUGGGAACAAGCGUACGCCCAUCGAUCUAAUGGAGGGCACUGUCUGCUGCAGCAUCGCCUCCGGCUCCGAUCACCUGGUCAUCCUGACCACCGCGGGCAAGGUCUUCACCGUGGGCUGUGCCGAGCAGGGCCAACUGGGCCGGCUCUCGGAACGUUCCAUCUCCGGAGAGAGUCGCCGUGGCAAGCGCGAUUUGCUGCGGCCCACCCAGGUCUUCAUCACGCGGGCCAAACCCUUCGAGGCCAUAUGGGCCACCAACUACUGCACAUUCAUGCGUGAAUCGCAGACGCAGGUCAUCUGGGCCACGGGGUUGAACAAUUUUAAGCAGCUGGCUCACGAGACGAAGGGCAAGGAGUUCGCACUGACGCCCAUCAGGACUGAACUUAAGGAUAUCCAGCAUAUUGCCGGCGGACAGCAUCACACUGUCGUCCUGACCACGGACCUCAAGUGCUCGGUGGUGGGUCGUCCGGAGUACGGACGCCUGGGCCUGGGGGAUGUCAAGGAUGUUGUGGAGAAGCCUGCGCUUGUGAAGAAGUUGACUGACCGGAUUGUGGCCGUGGGCUGCGGCGAAAUCUGUUCCUAUGCCAUCAGCGAGGAUGGCAAACUGUAUUCCUGGGGCUCCGGCGUCAACAAUCAACUGGGCGUUGGCGAUGGCGACGAUGAACUCGAACCGGUCGUGGUCGUCAGCAAGAACACACAGAACAAGCACAUGCUGCUCGCAUCCGGCGGUGGCCAGCACGCAAUCUUUUUGGUCCAGGCGGAUAAACAGGAGCAGAAAGAGAAUGUGCCGGUGAAGGCUUCCGGCAGCAAUAAAAAGGACAAGACACCUCCGCAGGAUGAUGCCGACAAGGAGGGCGAAAAGCCGGAUAAACUGGAGCAGAAGGAAAAUGUGCCGGCGAAGGCGUCUGGCAGCAGCAGCAGCAGUAAAAAGAACAAGACUCCGCCGCAAGAUGAUGCCGUCGAGGAGGCUGAAGAGGAGCCCACUCCGGCUCCGACUCCCAAGAAGGCCAAGAAGCCGGCUGUUAAGCGAGGCGGCAAAAAGACAUAAGAAUAGGUAUACAAACGCUGACUUUUCCCACUUUGUUUUUGGUCGCAUUAAGUUACAAACCCGUACGCUUAUCUAACGCUUAAGGAUUCGUAAGAUAGAUCGGAAGUUUUGCCUAUUAUACGUUAAUUGAAUCCUGUUAAGUUCUUAUUAUUUUGAUAAAGAGAUGCCCGCUUAAAUCUUACAAGUAUGCCUAACGAUAAAAACUUCUUUAUCAACCCAACUAAAUGUUUAUUAAUUACAUUCGCUUGAAAUACGAAGUCGUAGUAAAUUUGUAUUUUAACGCAAAAUUAAA